GGGAAGCGCCGCACAACAGCUGCCCCAUGACCACCACAUCUUCGAAGACGCAGACAUGAAGAUGUUGCACGACAUGGGCAUACAUACUGAGUGGGUGCAGCACAACGCAAGCCCGGGCACCCUGUACGACGAGGCCCUGCGCUACGAGAAAGGCUCCGCCAUCCUCUCCACCGGGGCGUUGGCGGCCUUCUCAGGUGCCAAGACCGGCCGCUCCCCUCUCGACAAGCGUGUGGUUGAGGAGCCCUCAACCUCCGAGGACAUUUGGUGGGGCAGUGUCAAUAUUCCCCUCACCGAAAAGACCUUCAAGAUUAAUCGAGAGCGUGCCAUCGAUUACCUAAACACGAGAGAAAGACUGUACGUCUUCGACGGCUUCGCUGGUUGGGACCCGGAUUACCGCUACAAGGUCCGCAUCAUCACGAGCCGAGCGUACCAUGCGCUCUUCAUGCACAACAUGCUGAUUCGGCCGACAGAGGAGGAGCUCGCGAAUUUUGGCGAGCCCGAUUAUACCAUCUACAAUGCUGGGGCGUUCCCAUGCAACCGCGCGACCCCUGGGAUGACUUCUGGAACCUCGGUGUCGUUGAACUUUGCGUCGAGAGAGGUCGUGAUCUUGGGCACUCAAUAUGCCGGAGAGAUGAAGAAGGGCGUCUUCACAAUCAUGAACUAUCUGCUGCCGAAGCGUGGCAUUCUCAGCAUGCACGCCUCUGCGAACGAGGGAAGGGAUGGCGAUGUCACUGUCUUCUUCGGCCUUUCGGGCACCGGUAAAACGACCCUAUCUGCGGAUGAAAACCGACUCCUCAUCGGCGACGAUGAGCAUGCCUGGACCAGUAAGGGUAUCUUCAACAUCGAGGGCGGGUGCUACGCGAAGGCAAUCGGCCUUACCCGAGAGAAGGAGCCCGAGAUCUGGGAUGCGAUUCGUUUUGGUGCGCUUCUGGAGAACGUGGUCUUCGACACCCGGACAGGUGAGGUGGACUACGAGGAUGGCAGCAUCACGGAGAACACGAGAGUGUCCUAUCCGCUCGAGUACAUCCCCAAUGUGAAGAUUCCGGCUGUGGGUGGCCAUCCGAAGAACAUCAUCAUGCUGACCUGUGACGCCUUCGGUGUCCUCCCACCGGUGUCGAAGCUGACACCGGCACAGGCUAUGUACCACUUCAUCUCCGGCUACACCGCCAAGGUGGCAGGCACGGAGAUGGGCGUCACAGAGCCGACGGCAACCUUCUCCGCCUGCUUUGGCGCACCAUUCAUGGUCUGGCAUCCUGCGAAGUACGCCGAGCUCCUCGCUGACAAUAUGUCGAAGCACAAUGUGAAUGUGGGUCUUUUCAGCACCGAGAAGGUCGUGUACGGCGCAGCCCCGUUCCCGGGUGGAAAGCUCGCCUGGAACCAUCAUGCACAGGCGUUGAACCUCAUCCACGAGCGACGAUGCCUCCAACUCGUCAAGAAUCUCACCGCAGUGGUUCUGGAGAAGGACGAGGUGUUGCUCAACGGACUAGUCCGGGCCAAAUUCCAAGACGAGGCGGAAGCCAAAGCGUUUGCGAAUAUCCUUCCUUUCUUUGAGGAAGCUGGGGAAGGGCCAGCGCCCAGCACGCCACCGCGAAAGCGCGACAGAGCUGUGGAGCUUUUGAUGGCGACGCCGGCAAAGACGAAGCGGGAAGAGGAUGACGCUGCGCCGGGCACUCCACCACGUUGCGAGGCAUCCAAGAUGCGCGACGAGCCGACCACGCCACCGGCGCCGAAGAGGGCGAGACAGACCCGGCUGAUGGAUGAGGAGGAGCCCGUUUCGGAGAAGACCAAGAUGGUUCCCAACGCCCCGGAGCAGCACAGCGUCUUGAUGGACGAGGUCUUCUGA